UUUCCUGCUUGCUUAGAAAAACUACACACUAAUUGACAAAAAUCCAGUAAUCUAUAUAAUAUCACAUGCAAGAUUCAAGAAUAUGGAAUGUUCACAUCCCCCUCCUCGUCUCCUAAUUAAGAACAAAAAUUUGCCAUAAACAACCCACCAUGAAACAAAUCAUUUUCUUCCUCUUAAUUAUUUACAGUUUUUCCAUGUUUUCAUCAAUAAGAGCAACAACUUCAAAUUAUCUUUCUAAAGGCUCUUCCUUAUCUGUUGAACAUGCAUCUUCAAAGUACCUCAUUUCCCUAGACAAAACCUUCACUUGUGGCUUCUAUACUUUCAAUGCCACUACCAAUGCCUAUUAUUUCUCAAUUUGGUACACCAACUCUAAGGAAAGAACACUGGUUUGGGUGGCUAAUCCAGGAAAACCCGUCAAUGGCCGAGGCUCGAGGCUAAGCCUUUGGAAAGAUGGUGGCUUAGUCUUGACGGACUUUGAUGACUCAAAUGUCUGGGAAACAAACACUUUCUCAACAACAGUUGAUAGAGUUGUGCUUCACGACUCCGGAAACCUUGUGCUCAUGGACUUUUCUGGUAAGACCCUUUGGCAAAGCUUUGAUUAUCCUACUGAUACUUUGCUCCCUAAUCAAAAUUUUACAAAAAACCAAAAGCUGAUUUCCAGAAUUUCACCCCAACUCUUGACUCCUGGGUAUUUUAGUUUCUUUUUUGACAGUGAUAAUGUGCUGAAAAUGGUCUAUGAUGGUUCUGAAUUUUCAAGUCUUUAUUGGCCUAAUCCUAAUAAUGAUGUGUUUGCAAAUGGUAGAACAUCAUACAAUAGUCGAAGGGUCGCAGUGCUUGAUGAUAAGGGUGUUUUUGUUUCUAGUGAUUAUCUACACAUUAAUACUUCUGAUAUGGGUGAUCUUGGGGUUAAAAGAAGGUUAACAAUGGACUAUGAUGGGAAUCUAAGGAUUUAUAGCUUAAAUAAUUUGUCAGGGUUAUGGACCAUAACAUGGCUUGCUAUGUCCCAACAAUGUGGUGUGCAUGGUCUUUGUGGUAGGAAUGGGAUUUGUACUUAUACUCCUACGCCAAAAUGCGCAUGCCCUCCGUACUAUGAACCCUUUGAUUCAACUGAUUGGAGCAAAGGGUGCAAGCCUAAAUUCAAGAUGACUUGCUCCAACUCUCGAUUUGUCGAGAUGCCCAAGGUUGAUUACUAUGGUUUUGAUCUCAAUUAUACUACAAACAUUACUUUUGAACAUUGCCGAAAUCUUUGUUCAGGAGAUUGUCGUUGUCAAGCAUUUAAGCAUGCACUUAGAUCAGCGAUAUGGUCAUGUUACUUAAAAGGUGAUCUUUAUAAUGGAUACAUGUCUAAUGAGAACUUAUUCCUAAAAAUUCCAACAAGCGCACACACAUCAGACUCCAAAAUUAUCCUUAAUGUGUCACGUUUGGGUUGUGGAAUCGGGGAUUCAGAAAUUGUACCAUUGCCUAGAACAUAUAAUGAUGCCUUUAGUCGGAGAUUUAAGUGGGUUUAUGUAUAUAGUUUUGGUGGGGCUAUUGGAGCAAUAGAAGCUAUAAUUUUUGUUGCUAGUUGGUUUUUUGUUUUCAAGAAAAAUAGAAUUUCAGCUUCUUUAGCGGAGGGGUAUCGAACUAUUUGUAGUCAGUUUAGGAGCUUUAGCUAUAGUGAACUCAAAAGAGCAACCGGCAAUUUCAAGCAAGUUCUUGGAGAAGGGGGGUCUGGAACAGUUUACAAGGGUACUUUGGCUGAUGAACGAGAGGUAGCAGUAAAGAAAUUGGAAAACAUUGGCCAAGGGGAGGAAGAAUUUUGGGCCGAAGUGAGCACAUUUGGUAGAAUCAACCAUAUGAACUUAGCACGAAUUUGGGGAUUUUGCUCUGAAGGGAAACAUAGGUUAUUGGUGUAUGAAUAUGUGGAGAACGGAUCCUUAGACAAUCACUUGUUCUUGUCAGCCAACAAAACUGCCGUUCUUAAAUGGGAAACAAGAUUCAAAAUUGCAUUAGGCACUGCGAAAGGCUUGGCUUACCUUCAUCAUGAGUGCCUAGAAUGGGUUAUCCAUUGUGAUGUGAAGCCAGAAAACAUACUUUUAGACUCCGAUUUUGAGCCUAAAAUCUCGGACUUUGGAUUAUCAAAGUUAUGUCAACAAGGUAGUCAGGGGGUGUCCAGAUUGUCCCAAAUGAGAGGCACAAAAGGGUACAUGGCUCCUGAGUGGACAACCAACCUUCCACUUACUGCAAAGGUUGAUGUUUAUAGCUAUGGAGUUCUGAUCCUAGAGCUUGUGAGAGGAAUUCGACUAUCGAGUUGUUCAUUAGAUGACAGUCUUGGUGAGGAAGAAAUUAAGGAAUUCACAAGCUAUGUAAGAUUGGCAAAAGCAAAGAUGCAAGAUGAAGACGACUCAUGGAUGACUGACUUUGUGGAUCCGAGAUUAGAUGGAGACUUCAAGCAGAACCAAGCUGCGAUAAUGAUAGAGAUAGGAAUUUUAUGCAUGGAGGAUGAUAGAAAUAAGAGACCAACGAUGGAGGCGGUUGUUCUUGUUCUUUCUAAUUGUGAAGCUGAUGUCUCAUUCAUGCAUUCUCCGAGCAAUGAUUCAUGACUUUGAUUCGGUUAAGUUAUAUUUUGAUAUAUGGGGUGCUCGAUUAUGCUCUAAUAAUGAACUUGUAUUAGUAUGGAAAUAUUUGACACUUACUAUUAAAAGUAUGAUAUCAGGAUGAUUUUAUUGUAAGCCGUCCAAUAUGUUAUAGCUUUAUAAGCAAUACUCUUCAGAUAAAAGAUACUAGUCUUGUAUAUAUGCACACAAUCCGUAUGAAAGUAAAUUGAAAAUUAAAUAAUUGUGUAUAACUGUUUUUGUAUUUUGUUUUUUUAAAAAACUGUUAUUCAAUUUAAAUAUGGUACAUCUUAUUUUCCCCUUUUUCGUUUUAAUGAAACACGUGGGUAUCUCUUUUUUUUUUCUUCUUUGUUUUUUUCCUUUUUCACGUGUUGCCAUAUAUAAUAGAGAUAUAAUGUUAAAGUAUUUAAUACUUAUCAUAUAUAACUAACUAGAAUUUUUUGCACGCGAUGCGUGCUUGAAAUUUUCGAAACAGAAACUCGAUUUUCUUCGGCAUAAGAGUCAAAAUUUGAACAUUAGACAUAUGAAGUAUAAUUGUUUUUAGUUGCAAAAUUUGAUUGGUUUAGUUUAUGUCACUUAAGUCUCUCACCAUUAUUUUUUUCUUUUUCUUUUUUUACUUUUCAAAGUUAAAUUCUAUGAACAAAAUAGAAAUCUUAUUGAAUUUAUUUAUGAUUUCUAAUAUUAUAAUUUUUUAGUUGAUUUUUGAAUUAAGUACAAUACUAACUUCUAAAUUCUAAACACUAUAAAAAAGUAAAUAUUUUUUUUCCUUGUCUAACUUCUAAAUUCUGA